UAAGUAGAUACACGAUAACGAGAACGAUCGAACGAUUAAAGUAAAUCAAAAGACAAUCAGGAUUCGAAACGGAACGUUCGAAGAACAGUCCCUCUUGCAAACAUAGUAAUCGAUCAUCGCUAUGUCUAACAAAGAGGAGUCGAAAGACACGUUGUGGAAGUUGCAAGAGGGAACGUGGACAAUGUGUAUAGCGGAAGUGGUUGGUACCGCAAUAUUAAUUUUCAUCGGUUGUAUGGCGAGCAUCGGUUCAAUGUCGACCGUUUUACCUCCCCCGCUCCAGAUGUCGAUAGCAUUCGGCAUGACCGUAAACCUUAUUAUUAUGAUGUUGGGUCACGUUAGCGGAGCUCAUCUCAAUCCAGCUGUUACGAUCGGUGCAGUCAUCGUAGGCUUAAAAAGUAUCCCCACGGGUACCUUGUACAUAGUGGCACAGUUCAUUGGAGCUACAUUAGGAUACGGAGCGUUAAAGAUAAUAACUCCACCGGAAUUAUUUCACGAUGGAAAUCCAAAUUCCACGGUCGGUCUUUGCGUUACCGUUAUUCAUCCGAGCGUCAGUGUCGUUCAGGGUAUUCUUAUCGAAGUUCUAUGCACAUCUUUCAUACUCUGCGGCGCUUGUGCAACGUGGGAUCCAAGAUGCUCUCAUACCACCGAUUCCACGGCUAUUAGAUUUGGUUUUUCUGUCGUAGCUAUCUCUUUAGCGGCGAGUCCUUAUACGGGAUGUAGCAUGAAUCCAGCUCGAACUUUCGGACCUGCAUUUUGGAAUAGCGACUGGACGAAUCAAUGGGUUUAUUGGUUUGGACCAACAGUCGGAGCAAUGCUUGGAACGUACACAUAUCAAAUCUUCUUUUUGGAGAAGCCGCGAGUAAAAAACGCUUAUGAAUCAUCGACCGCCGACAUGAAGCUUAUGAAAGAAAUGGAAUCGAUCAAAUAUUCGGAACUUGAAAUUGUCGAUGGAAAGUAAGGAUAGGUAAAAUGACAUACAUCCAAUUAGAUUACUUAAAGAAUAAAUAAUUUUAUCGGAUGCCUUAUCAGAUUAAAAAGGGAAAAGAAACUUUUCUCAACAAUUUUUCUGUAUUAUCUACGCUACGUAAGAGAUCAAAAAAUCAUUCCUAGACAUUAUACUCAUCGACACUCUCGAAUGAUUAUACGUAGGUAUAAUCAUUUUCAAGAAGACUUUGCGACGUAGUAUUUGCCUCUUUUGCUAGAUGGCAUCGUUCGGAAUUGUAUAAAAUCAUUGACUAUAUACAUAUAUGUGUGUGUGUAUAUAUAUAUAUAUAUAUAUAUAUAUAUAUAUAUAUAUAUAUAUACACACAUAUAUAUGCAUAUAUAUGUAUAUCUUGUAAAGUGCAUCGUACACCUAACGAUCUGAUUGCAUUCCAAUUUUUUUACUGAAUCUACGAAACGCAACAUUUUUAUUUCGACUUCAUCGAUGAUCGAUCCUUCUAUAAACCGUACGAGAUGUAUUGAAAAAAAUAUUAGUUGAAAAAGUGAAAGAAAGUUUACGUUCUGAGUUAUGGAAACUCCAAGAAGGAUUAAUGUUUCGAAGCGCAUUAUUCAUAAGAACGAGGGAUGUCAUACGAACGGAGAGAAUCACGACGAUUUUACACUUGUUUUGUUAAGUUUACCCUUUCGAAAGAACUUGAUCGUAUGAUGUAUAAUUGUUCUUAUAAAUUCAUACGAGAUUAAUGCGAAAUUACGAAGAAUUGUUAAAUCAUUCGUAUCGAUCCUAAUAUUAUAAUUCUAAUCUCUAAUAUCGCAAAUGACAAUUAUCAAGUUUUCGUCAAUAGUCUGACUGACAUCAACGUGUACUGAACAUGAAUAACAACGUGUUUUCUAUAAAUACAUAUAGCUCUCACGUUGCACUUAUCGAUUAGUCGCAGUACCCGUAGGUAGAAUGUUCUGGAACAUCGAGAAGCGCCCGGACGGCUGCGACCUGAAGAUCAUACGCGGAGAUUUUUCAAACAACUUAAAGUAAUUAAAUAAUUCUUCUAUAAUUUUGUAUAAAAUUGUAUGAGAAUAAUCGAAUCAGAAAAAUAAGAAGAUAAAUUGAACGUAUAAAAGUUGGAUUAUUCUUCUUUUUGUUAUCAUCGGCAAAGUUAUGAUAUAUUGAUUAUAAAUGUGACAAUUUUAUCAUUUGUUUUUCAACGAAAUCAUACUAAACAUUUAUCUAUCCUUUCCUGAGUUAUGUUCUAUGAAGGAGAUUCUUCAUGCAUAACAGUCGAAACCCGUGCAGUUAGCAUGUAUGACACACGCAACGAUACUUGUAUCCUACAUUCUAUAUUUAGGCAGAGUUUGCGGUGUUCUACAAACCAGUCUCAAUCUCUACAUGUUAUCUCACUCUUUUACAAAUGUAUAUUUUUCUCUUAUUAGAUCGUAAUUUACAAAGAUAUUAAUCGUCGUUUCCAUGUUAAUUCUACGACGAGUUUAAUGAAUCAAUUUAUAGGAAUUUAUAGUUCUGAAACGAACGAUCGAUGAACUUGAUAGAUUAAUCCUUUGGUAAACUAACGAUCCAUUAUGUUGUAACAGAUUUAUCGAACAGACGGUACUUCCGCUCGUGAGAAUGAAAUCUCAACGGAUCUUUUCCUGCAGAACGCAGAUGCACAACAUUUCGUAAUGCUCUAAAGCGAUCCGGACCCCUGUCUCAUUAUGCAUAAGAAUAAGAAUAUGAGAAUAAUGCGCAUAGAAAAAAAUUUUCGAACGUAGACGAGGUAGACGAGUGAAUGCUCCCCGUUACAUUUAUUCCCACGAAGGGGAAAUUGCAUCUAAUUAUAGAUAUCGAAAUAUCUACGUUAUAUAUUUUCAAAACUAUAGCCGAUAUUAAUUUAUCCUCGUUCGUUAUAAAAGAAAAAGAAAAAAAAAGAAAAAAAAAGAGAAAAAGAGAAAAAAAAACAACGAUAAGAGAGAUGAAAGAAGGAAAGAAAACUACGUUGUAAUCAAGAUCGAUGUCCUUGCUAGCAUAUCACGAAACGCCUAAAAAUAACGUAGCAUUACGAGUUCCCUUCGAAAACGCGUAAUAAAAAGGUCAUGGCGUAGUUUCUACACGUUCAUCGAAGGUCAUUUCGGGAAGCUACGCAGUUCCAAUACGUUGUGUUACGGUUAACGUUCCUUCCACAGGGAACGAGAAUCCCCUCUUUCUUCUCUCAUCGUAUUUAUUAGCAGGUCAUUCUUUACGGUUUCGUGCGUGUUUACAUGCGCGUUUCACGUCUUUUUGUUUUUAUUCCAAGUAGAAUUCCUCCUUUUAUCUACCAUACAACUUAUCAUGUGGUUUUCCGUUUUUAUAUUUUUCAAAAAUUUCUUUCCCUUAGAAAUUUAUACGACUAUCUACGUUCAUAUUUUCGAUAUAUUUCAUCUCCCGAAACUAUGAUUUUUUAUAUUCGAGAGAGUCUUUUUUUGACUACGUAAAAAAUAUGAAAUUUUCUCUUUGCCUUUGCAAACGAAUUGAAAUUUGUCACGUUAUUUCUCGUCUUUAAAUUAUUUCCUUCUCGAGUUUUCCUUCGAAAGGCAUAAAAUUAUAUCGUACUGUUCUUUUCGAAGAGGGAAAAGAAACAACGCAGUUAGAGAAUCCAAGGAUCAUUCGAGAAACGUCCUUCGAGAAGGGAACUGCGUAGUACUCGGUUUCGCCCUUUUUUAGGCUCGAAGGAAACUACGCAGAGGCUUCUGGCCAUGGUCACGUGAAAUCGAAAGAGGAGAGCGAGCGAGCGAGCAAGAGAGAGAGAGGAAGAACGUUACAGCAAGCAAGACGCAAUAUUAUCUCACGACCGAGUCGGUCGUCGUCGUCGUGUUUGAUAUUUCUCUUUCUCUCACUCUUUCUCAUUUAUUCUUUCUCACUCUACUUGCUACACGGUCAUUCGUAUAUGUGUAUAUGCAUGUAAGCCGGUUUAAUCUUGUAUCAGUGCAUAUAUGUAUUAUUCUCGGUUAAGUGUGAGAUACGUUAUGGUGGGGUCUGGAGUGGCGGACGUGCCAGAAAUCCUGUCCGCUUUCGACCGAUCAAUACUCUAUAUUUCCUCGAUUUUCGAUAAACCAUUGAAAAAUUAGCAUUGAACUUGGUGCCAAUCGGUGUAUCACGUAAUGAUCGAGAUAAGAGUAAGAAAAUAUUGAACUUUACGAAUAGUUAAAGGUCACAAAUAAUGGAAUUAAAGGAAAUUGCGCGUCGGGAAUAAGACAGCGUCGUCGCAGCGCCAUGCAGCGGCCGACGAUUCUCGAACGUUCGAUGCCCGGGACGCGCCGACUAUAUAAACGCAGCCGGUUGCCUCGGCUCGGUGCAUUCGUAAAGAGACCUCCGUUCAGUUCGGACGCAGUUAGCAUCCAAAGAUUCCCCCUCCAUUGAGGGACGAGUCGGAACCUUCACCGGCUUCUGAACCCUUCGCUUUUGUUUUUUUUUUUUCGUGGUCGUCCAAGGCUACGGGACAAUACCAGUCGUGAAAAUGUAGACGAGCCGGGCAUCGCUGCGGAGCGCGACAGUAUACCUGAACCCUACGGGGUCGGUGCUUGAACAAUCCGUACGCAACGAAAUCUGGUCCGAUUAGGCUUUGAAAUUUCUUCACGUUUCGAACAAGUUCGAGAAGAAUAUCUCUGAAUAUAGCUCAGUGUCGUAAAAUUAGAUCGUGUGGGCAACCAUCUGUAAGAGCACGCAAUAGCCUAGCAGGGAGAAAAGAGAAGCCCACGGCAUUGGAAGGUUGGAAUUAAAGGUUGGAAAGAAAAGAAAGAAA